GUUAUUUUUCUCAAAAAAACUACGGGUUGCUUACUGCCUUUUGGCGUAGGAGCCAGGAGGGCACUAUAGGUACUAUUAUAUUUGUUCAUACUUUGAAUGUAUGAAUUUAAUUUGUUGUGUAAAAGACGAUUUCAAUUUAGGAGUCCACUUGUGUCAUAUAACGUACUAACUCGUAUAGAUUAAAUACACCGUUUAACGUUCCCCCUUCUUCGGACGAGACCGCUUAAUUGACCCUUUCAACGCAAACUGAAUCCGCUCUACUAUAUACCAACAACCAUCGUAUACGUUGUUAGUCGUCGUCGUGCGCGUUAUAUUAAUGCAAUAUUAGCGACUACCGGUAUAUAGUCUCCCGGCGCUCCAUCGAUUAAUACAAACGUGUACGUAAUUCAAUAACAUACACGGUCCUUAUAAUUUUUAUCGUUCAAUCAUCUAUUCACGUCUCGACACCACGCGAACUCUGACUGCGGUCUUUUGCGAGUAUAUAAUACCUAUAUAAUAUAUAUGACACACUUGAGUAUAAGUAUAUCAGAUACCCGGUGAGUUGCUUCUAGGUAUAUAUACGUAGGUAUUAUAAUAAUGCAUCGAACGACAUCGUAUUCGAAUACCGCCAUUCUGUUUGCGUUCCUGUGGGUGACGAUCCCGUUGAGGCCAUGCCUGUGCUACAACGCCGACUGUGAUUUCACUGAAAGUUACGAUGAGAUAAUCACAGUCAGCAUCAAUGAACCGGUGCAAGUUACCAAGUAUAAAUGGUGCUUGGACAUACCACCGAGAUGUCCGGAAAACAAACGAGAGUUCAGGACCGUACACAGGAACGUUUCAGUACCUAAAACCCGUAAGGUGAAGAGGUGUUGUAAGGAUCAAAUCCAGUUGUACGAUAAUUGUGUCCCGAGAUGUGCCGAUGACCAGUGUCCAAAUAUUCAAUGUGCAUCAGGUACUGACAGAUGCAAAUGCAAGUCCGGAUACAUAGGUCAUUUAUGUAGACAAAAGUGUGACAUCGGGCGUUGGGGCUUGAACUGUGCGAACGUCUGCGACAAGACGUGCCCGGACUGCGACCACCGCACGGGAUGCUGCAAGACGGCCGGCAGCGGAUUGUCGAUUUUCUGCGGCGGCGGCACCGGUCGGCUGCCCGCCCGGCAGACAGUCGCUGUAGGAGGCGGCGGUGGCAGCAACGACACCGUACGCAAAACUGACGACGGCCGCAACGGCACCGUACGCAAAACUGACGACGACCGCAACGGCGCCGAACGCAAAGCCGACGACGGCCGCAACUGCACAUCCGAACGCAAGACAGACGAGGUGGUGGCGGAUCGUUCGAGCUCGGCGCGAUUCCGGAUGCUGAGUACUACCAUACGACUCCAGACGGCCACGUGGGAACCUACGGUGUUGGACGAGACGAACGGGACGAAUGUCGAAAGAGGCACAGCGGGGAAACCGGCGACGGCGGCCGAGGCGACGUGGACCCCGUUGGAGGCGACGGCUUUGAAGUACGACGAGCUGGUGAUGAAGCUCGUGUGGAUAUUUGCCAUGACCGUGGUGGCCAUCGCCAUGGUGUUCGUCAUCAUGUUCGUGGUGUUCUUCAACUGUUAUGGGGCGACCAAACCGGAAAACGCCAACGCCGCGGCCGCCCGAAACCCGUGGCCGCAGCAGAGCACCGACAAAGUCCGCGAAACAUGUAUCACAACACACAACCUAUGUCAUGUGCCGCCAGAUAGAUAUACAAAGACCCCUACACUAUAUGCGUCUACUAAUGUUGAUUUACCAAUUCAUCCAGAACUAUUUUGUCCAGUGUUCUCAGCACCUCAUUACACAGGUGGAUCGUCACUCUAUGAUUCUCCACAACCAUUGUAUGAAAUUUUAUGUUGAUCAUCAUUAAAUAUUGAUUUUACAUAACAUUAUGAUUCAAAUUAAUUUUUAAGAUUUAUGAAUAAGUAAGUAGGUAAGCGUAAGUAGUUUUCUAUAAUUGUGUAAUAAACAUUGCAUUAAGCUAUUAAAGAUUUGUUAAUUAUUUAUACUAUUUUUAAUUUGAAAAUAUCUAUUUUUUCAUACCUCCUAACAUAGUGGGAAAAUCCUACAGAUAUAAUUUAAAAUGAUUUGUGUAAUAAUUGACAUAUUGUUACUGUAUAAUAUACAAAUUACGUCCAUGGCUCUUUAAAGAGAAGAAUUGAAAUUAUUUUCCUUAGUUUAUAAUAAAUUACAAUGAACAAUUUUA